GUCAGUUUAAUCUCUGCCCCGGAAGUGAUUGUGUUUGAUAUAGUGAUAAUGCCAUGUGAGACGUAUGGGGAUGCUUCUUUGGUGAUCACAGAAAGGUCUGCACUGUUAUAUUUGCCCAAUUCUCUUCUAACAACAUUGUUUGGCAUGAUUCAGUAGCAACUAUGUCAGUUGCAUUCAGCAGUGAUGGUGCUCAGACCAUCCAGAAAAGCCUCGCUGUCGACGUGGUGGUCAGGGAGACCAAGGCAAAGAGCCUUGAAGAAAGCUAUCAGAUUAAGGAGACCUGUGAUUUCAUCCGGGAGAACAAUUUCCAUAAAGUAGCACUGCAGUUCCCAGACAAUUUGUUAGUGGAUUCCAUUAAAAUAGCAUCCAGACUUCAGGAAACUACUGGUGCAAAGCUAUAUAUUCUUGGAGACACUUCCUAUGGCAGCUGCUGUGUGGACGAGGUCGCCGCAGAGCAUGCUGGGGCUCAGUGCAUUGUGCAUUACGGACGGGCCUGUCUCAGUCCGUCGCGAAGGCUGCCCCUCAUGUAUGUGUUUGGAAAGAGGCCCAUUGACCUAUCCAAAUGUGCCACCGCUUUCCAAGAGCUUUACCCUGACCAUCAAAGCCACGUGGUUGUCCUCUAUGAUGUCGUCUAUUCUCACAUCAUAGAUGAUCUUUUGAAGCUCCUGCAGCCUGAAUAUGUAAAUGUGAUCACUUCAGUCCUAAAUGUGGAUGGUGUGGUCUGCAAAAGUUAUGGACAGAUACUUCAACAAGCCAAAGACACUGGACACACCGAAGCUGAAUUAGCCCUAUACGGUGACAGGCUUGUUCAUAAAUAUGGCCGACAGUUUAUCCUAAAGGAAGGAUGCAGUAUUGAGGACUACAGCAUUUUUUAUGUGGGGCAAGAGGGUGUCACCCUAACAAACUUUAUGAUGACCUGGAACAAGUGCUCUUUCUGCUCAUUUGACCCCGAGACAAUGGUAGGGAGGUUUGAGACAAUCAACAUUAACAGGGCUUUGAUGAAGCGAUACUACCUGAUUGAAAAAGCAAAGGACGCCAGCAUUGUAGGCAUUCUGGUUGGCACGCUUGGUGUGGCUAACUACCUAAGUAUUAUUGACCAGCUGAAAAAAAUAAUUCACAAAGCUGGUAAGAAGAGCUACCUGUUUGCCAUGGGCAAACUGAAUGUUGCUAAGCUGGCAAACUUCCUGGAGAUUGACAUAUUUGUGCUAGUUGCUUGCCCAGAGAACUCCUUGUUGGAUUCCAGCGAAUUCUAUCGCCCAGUGGUGACACCCUUCGAAAUGGAGAUUGCCUGCAACAACCAGAGAGAGUGGACAGGGGAUUACAUAAUCGACUUUCAGGAUCUGUUGCCUGGGGCUUGCAGUCAUAUAGAUUGCAGUGAUUCCAAUGAAGACGACGGUGAGACAACUGAUGUGUCGCUCAUCACUGGAGCUCUACGAUCUUCUGGCUUCUCCUCCCUGGAGCCAAAGGACGCUGUGCCUGGAUCAGCUGUGGUACAGAAGAACCAAACCCUGAUGCUGGCACAUGCUAACACAGCAGCCUCGUUCUUAUCUGGCCGGAGUUGGCAGGGGCUGGAUCAGAAACUGGGAGAAACGCCAGUGGUGAAGGCAGUGGAGGGAAGGAGAGGAAUCGCCAUUGCCUAUGAAGAGGAGGGCAGCAGAUACGCAUCGUCUUAGGGGGGGGGAAAGCGCAUUUAUGUUUGGGGUCCAUUUGUCAUUAAACCCAGAAUCAAUAUCCCCAAAGAUCAGAAAGCGAACUGAUUGAUGAUAUUUAACUUCACUGUCUGAGCCUAUGACAAAUGAAAUGACAAUAGACUCAGCCCUGCUAAACAAAGUUUACUGUAUUUUAUAUUUUAUCUAUAUUUUAUAUAUAUAUAUAUAUUGGAUUGUACAUCAAAAUAAAUUAAACAGCUGAAUUCAGCACUAUCAUCA